AUGGGAGAAAAUUUAGCAAUACUCUCCCGCAGGGAGGAGAGUUUUAUCACUACUCUAGUCAAUCAUAAAGAAAGAACAAAAAUUACAGAGCGGACAGCAAAGGCAUUAGCUAAAGUCGGUGAGGCAGUGAGUUUUGCUGUCGACAGAUUUGUAUCUGUCGGGGAAUCUAUAGGAGAUGAACAUCCAGAGUUACGCAGCGAGAUGUGUGAGACUUGCUUGGAAGCAAGACAGGCUGGGAAUGCAAUUAAACAGUUGACAAUGCAUAACUAUGCUGUGAAUGAUGGGUCGUUGAAACCGUUCACAGAGAAGAAUCACAUGGUGCGUGCAGCACGGAAAUUGCUGUCAGCCAUUACCAAAGUGUUACUGAUAGCAGACAAAGUGAUAAUCAAACAGCUGAUUGCAUCUAAAGAUAAGGUAUUAUGCAGUCUAACAGAACUAGAAAGUGUAGACAGUUUCACAGAUUUUGUUCAGGCUUUCAGCAAGUUUGGAAACAAUAUGGUGGAACUAGCCCAUCUUACUGGAGAUAGGCAAAAUGACCUGAAGAGUGAUAAACAGAAAGCCCAGAUGGCUUCUGCCAGAGCUGUGUUAGAGAAAUCCACUAUGAUGUUACUGCCUUCAUGUAAAACCUGCCUCAGACAUCCUGAAUGUUACUCAGCAAGACAAAACCGUCAUGGACUAUUUGUUCAGAUGCGUCAAGCUCUACACCUCAUACAAAAUGUUGCCACAGAUACCGGAUACCAUUCUGUGACUAAUGGCAGCGUUUCACCUACUGCAGCGAAUGGUGAUUCAGGAAUUGUGUUAGGAGGGUCGGGACAAAGUGCAAAUAAAGCUAUAAAAGAUUUUGAGGAUCAGGUGGAGAUGGUCCGAGUCACUCAUAUAAAUAACUACUUUGCUGAUAAACUACGUAGUGCCUUGGAUGUUGUCAUAGAAACCACGCAAGAUUUUACCGACUCUGCCUACACGUCACAUGAUCAUAGAGAGAAAAUUAUGGAAGUUACGGAAUAUUUACAGCAGGCUGUACAUGUUCUAAUAAAAACAGGAGUCUUACAGAUGCAUAAAGAUUCAAUAGCCACACAGGAGCUUGAAACUUGUAUCCUGAAAACUUUAGAAGUAUCCAAGUCUCUGAAGAAACAGCUGCAAGACACGGCAAUGGAUCAGGCAUCUGAGUUGUUUAAAUGUAAUGAAGAUCAUGUUCUGCUGAGAAAUCUACAAACUGCUGGUAUUGCCGGGGAGGUGGGGUCUGUCGAUGAGCUUUCUGUCAAGUUUGAGGAGCAUAUAGAUCAGCUUGAAGAGGUGUGUAAACUGUUCCGCCAUAUUGCCACUACUGAACCUCUAGUCAUCACAGCUGAGCACAAUGAGAUUAUACUGAGGUCUAUGGGACCAUUGAUACUACAUGCGGCAAGAACUCUAGCCCAGUACCCAGCUAGUAAGAUAGCCAAGGAGAACCUGGAUCUGUUUGCUGACGCCUGGGAGUCGCAGAUCAAUGAUUUAUCUAUUCUUGUGAAAGAAGUCAAUGAUUUUUGUCAAGGCAAAACUGACAGACUUGUGUACAUGUCUCUACCAAGACCAGGGUGCUUUGUUUACAAACAACACGCUACAGCUGUCAAACCAAAAAUUAUGCGUCAUAAACAAUUGAAUCCAGUGAAGAGAGCUAUGAAGCACAAGGGAUAUUCUCCUUCAGCAUUGUUUAAUGCUUAUAAACUGGUUAAAGAGACGGGCAUUCCUGUGAAGACUGCUGCUAGGCAGUAUGGUGUUCCACAUAAUACACUUCGUGAUCGUGUGAAAGGCCGUGUUGACCCAGAAACACUGAUGACAGGACCAGGUCCAUUGUUCACUCAAGAAGAGGAGGCUAAACUGGUGGAACAUAUAAAGCAUAUGGCAGACCUUGGGUAUGGAUUCACCAUCACAGAAGUUGUUUCCAAAGCCAGUGAUUAUGCAGUUUUUCUGAAGAAACGUUCUCCUGACAAACCUCUCUCUGUAAAGUGGUUCAGUGGCUUCAGAAAAAGGUGGCCUGAGCUUAGAGUUACUAAGCCUAGAGCUUUAACAAAAUGUAGAGCUGCAUCCACAUCUCAACAGGCAGUGAACAGUUACUUUACAAACUUAGAAACUGUAAUCAUGAACAAUAACCUUCUCAACAAACCUGAGUGCAUAUAUAAUAUUGACGAAAAGGGCAUACAGACAGAGCACUCACCACCAUAUAUUGUGGGUGGCAAGGCAAGUGUACCUGCAAUAACUUCCUCCAGGUCAGCUGUAACCACAAUCAUUGGUGGAGGAAAUGCCAUUGGAACCCAAGUGCCUCCAUUCUUUGUGUUUAAAGGGCAGCGGAUGAAUGAAGACUUGCUUCAAGGUGCAGCUUCUGGUUCAGCUGGAACUAUGUCAAAAACUGGCUGGUCUAACUCAGUCAUUUUUCAUGAAUAUUUAGAGAGCCACUUUCUCAAAUACAUACAAAGACCAGACAGUAAUCAGCCAGUACUUGUCAUAUUUGAUGGACACAGAUCGCACAUCAAUGUUCCUGUACUUGAAUGGGCUAAAAGGAACAAUAUAAUUCUCUUUGUGCUGCCUGCCCACACAAGCCACUGUCUUCAGCCCCUGGAUGUAGGGUGCUUUGGGCCCCUACAGAAGAUAUACAACAACACAUGCCAUAAGUUUCUGAGGGAACAUCCAUCAUCGAAAAUUACCAGGUUUAAUGUUGCUGCUCUGGCUUCUAGUUCAUAUGUAACAGCACUGUCAAAUAACAACCUCAAGUCAGCCUUUCAGAAAACGGGCAUAUUUCCUCUUGACAGAACAGCCAUAAGUACUGACAACUUCAAGCCAUCAGAGCCUUAUGUUGCUCCUGUUCAAGAGCCAUCCGAACAGGUUCCUGAUGUUCAGUGUGACCUAAAUGCAUACUUCCGGGCAGCAGAGACUGUAAUUGAAUUAAAAAAGGAGUUCCAUCAGGCAUCAGCUAAGAAAACUUUCAGUAAUGUUGUUUCUGGUCAGGAAAUCACCAGUUCAGACAUAUCACAACAAAUUAUUACUAAACCCAAGCCCAUAGUAAAACAGCCAACAAAGACACCCAGGAAACCAAAGUCAAACAUCCCAAAGAAGGUCUGUAAGAAGUCAUCCAGCAAAGAAAGCCAUAUGUACAGCCCAUUGUUUUCCACCACCCAGAACCUACUCCUGGACCAUCACACAUUAACCUUCUUCUAG